AUGUCAGAUCCCGAAUUGAUUCUUAAACACAUUUUUAGUAAUCGCAUGAAAGGAAAUUCUGAUAUUCUAAUUUUAAGCCGCAACGGAAACAGAAAUCGGAAGUCCACAAUAAUGUGUAUCUACAACUCCACAACUAUAGAGAAACUCCGGUCCACAAUAGAUUCAUCUGCUUACUAUUUUAAAAACCAGCUAAGGUGCCGUAGGAACCUGAUGAAGCAGAAACCUUACUUGGCGGUGAGCAAUUUGUUUCAGAAGAUGGCAGUGAGAAAUUUGUUUCUUAUGUCUAAUUACCAGCGAUUUUUCCGUUCUUUCAAAUCACCAAUCUUCUCUACCGUAUCAUUGUUCUUUACCAUCUCAGUGGCUGCUAUAUUCUUUAUAAUCUAUGAAAAUAUACUGACUUCUAAUCUCUCUAUGUAUCCUGAAGAUACUGCAGCUAAUAAAAUUCUUACAGCACCAACCACCAAAAGCAAAGGACAGUUGAGGUCAACUUUUAGCAGCAAACCAUUGCAAAUUACCACACAAAGAAAGAUCGAAGGAGUUGAUAGAGAAACCUUGGAUCCGCUAAUUCCUCCAUUCAAUGUCACCAGAUUGGAAAGAAUAGCUUGGUUCCAGAAGAAACUUCCAGAAUUGGGGUUAUUCAAAUCAAGCAACUUUAAUUCGCAAUUCCAUGACCAAGUUUUAGGUUUCUUCAACAGUAGCUGUACAAUUUGGUACUUCAUGUUAUGGCUUUCACCAGCUCAAUCCUUUGGACCAAGGGAAUUCUCAGCUGUAGACAGUCUGUUCAAAGCUAGUCCUAAGGGAUGCUUGAUGAUUUUAUCACCAUCUCUGAAUUCUAGACAAGGAUACAGGAUUCUGAAACCACUAAUUGAUGGUGGAUUUAAAGUUCUUGCAGUCACACCAGACUUGCCUUUUUUAGUUAAAAACACUCCAGCUGAGGGUUGGCUUGAUGAGUUGAAGAGGGGGAGCAAGGACCCUGGAAAAAUUCCAUUAUCUUAUAAUCUUUCCAAUCUGAUUAGAUUAGCAAUACUUUACAAGUAUGGAGGAGUUUACUUGGAUGUAGAUUUCAUAGUUCUCAAAGAUUUCACGGGAUUGAGGAAUGCAAUUGGUGCACAAAGCAUAGAUACAAGCACCAGGAAAUGGACCAGAAUAAAUGGAGCUGCUAUGAUAUUCAAUGACAACCAUCCACUUCUACAUGACUUCUUAGAGGAAUUUGCCUUAACCUUUGAUGGAAGUAAAUGGGGUCACAAUGGGCCUUACCUGGUUUCCAGAGUGAUCGAAAGAAUAGAAUAUGCACCUGGCUAUGACCUUACAAUCUUGCCACCUAAAACCUUUUAUCCUAUGGAUUGGAUUAAAAUAGCCAGACUUUUUAAGAAGCCCGAGACAGAAACAGAAUCGAAAUGGAUAGAAGACAUGUUGGUUGAACUAAACAGAAGCACUUAUGCAAUACACCUAUGGAACCAUCGAAGCAAAGAAUUAAUGAUCGAAGAAGGAAGUGUGAUGGACAAACUAAUCUCAUCUUUCUGUGUGAUUUGCCAACAGAGGAACAAGCAACCGCCAUUAGGAACUACCAUUGAUAAAAUUUUGUUUCUCAAUACCAUAUAG